AUGUCAACGUUACUCAAUAUUGUCUUUCAAUUCUAUUUUAUCACCCAUAUACCUAUUACUAUCUUGCUAGACAGUCAAGCCAUUUUUCCAGAUUCAUACUAUCCAAAAUCGGUUACAGGUGUCAUGCAGUUUCACAUCAAUGAAUUUAAAGAUCCUCUGAUGGCAGAUCCACCUAUUUGGCUGCAAACAUUUAUAGUGAUCGAAUGCCUACUUCAGCUACCUUUCUUCUUCUUUGCAUCAUAUGCCUUUAUAAAAGGCAUAAAGAAAUGCAAAUGGGUUAAAUUACCGUGCAUAGUCUAUGCUGCACAUGUUGCUACUACGGUAGUACCAAUUUUGGCUCAUCUCGCUCUCACCGACUUUUCUAACGCCACCAUAGGGCCUAAAACCGACAAAGAACGACUAAUAUUAAUUGCUAUUUAUAUACCCUAUCUCGUUAUACCAGUAAUGCUGCUAUUUUACGUGCUUGCCUUACGAUUUGAUGAACCGCAAACUAAAAGCAAGCGACAUUAA